AUGGUCAAUCCUCCGCAACCAAGACAAAUGCCUAAAUCGCCACGUCUUUCAACGUCAACUUCUUCGGGUCCAUCAGCUGUACCUAAUCUAUUAGGAUCUCCUCGUCCAUCUCCUCCGCAAUUGCAACAUCAGCCAUCCAGCGCAUCUACAUCGUCAACAACCUCGACAGCAACAACAGGGGGGUCUAUAUCGGCAACUGCGCCUGGCUCUACCCAACAUUACCUUCAUCACCAUCCUUCUCGUAAAACAUCAAUUGUGGAAAUAUUGAGCUCUCCACCGCCAUUGCCAACAGACCCAAAUGAUCCAAUUCAUCAACUUAGUUUGUCAAGACACGCCUCAACAAGCUCAAAUAAAUCUUCAUCACAAUCAAUCGCUCCUGGUUCGACAGCAAUCACCAAUCAUGCAUUCUCGUUGGUUGAUUGGAGCGAAAUUCCAUUGACGGAGUUGACGGAAUCAAACAAGUUGAUCAGCAUUCAUAGUUCUCACUCGGUGCAAUCGGCAUUCGAAACGUUGCUCAAGAACAAUUUGACCAGUGUUCCGGUAUCCAUUUCGAAAUCUGACCCGCAUGAUUUAACUAAUUGCUUAACUUUUGAUUACAGUGAUUUGAACACUUAUCUUUUAUUAAUCAUGAAUAAAAUCAACUAUUCGGAAUUGAAUGUCGAUGAUAUUGGUGAUCCUAAUAUAUCGCCUCAAGAAAGACAUGAAUUCGUUACUCAAACUAUUAGCAAAGCUAAGAGGGGAGAAGAAGUCCCAGUUGAAUUUAUCAUCAAGUUGCACCCAAAGAACCCAUUCAUCAAAUUCAAUGAAACCGAUACUUUGUUCUCAGUGAUGGAAACAUUAGGUAAUGGUGUUCACAGAAUUGCUAUCACCAACGAAGAAGGUAACAAAAUAACCGGUAUAUUAUCGCAAAGAAGAUUGAUUAAAUACAUGUGGGAAAAUGCUAGAAGAUUCCCUUCAUUGGACUUUUAUUUGACAUCAACUUUGCAGGACUUGAAGAUUGGGUCUUCCAACCCAAUAACAAUUUACGAGGAUCAAAUGUUGAUAGAAGCUUUACACAAGAUGUUCAACGAAAGAGUUUCAUCGCUAGCAGUUAUUGAUCGAUCAAGAACAUUGAUUGGAAACAUCUCGAUUGUUGAUGUUAAAAAUGUUACCAGCUCCAAAAAUUCCCAUUUGUUGUUCAAGUCUGUUUUGAAUUUUAUUAGCUAUAAUUUGUCACAAAAGGGAAUUGAAGAAGGACAAGAUCAAUUCCCAAUAUUCCAUGUCAAUAAUCAAACGUCAUUAGGAAGAGUCAUUGCAAAAUUAGUUGCCACUCAAUCUCAUAGAUUAUGGAUUGUUGACAGCUCACGUCAAGCCAGUUCCAUGAGCAGUGCCAGUGCUUCUGCCCCCAAUAGUGGGAUGAACAAUGGCGUAACCGUUGGCUAUCCAGCACCAGCAGACUCAUCAAUAACAGAUAAAGCUGAAGAAGUUGAAGCUAGCAGUAUGUCAUCACCACAAUUAAAUGCUGCUGCUGCUGCUGCUGCUGCCGUCGCCACUGGUGCACCAACCACUGCUACCUCAGCUCAACCAGAUUUUUCUUACACUAGUGGUACUGGAAAAUUAGUUGGUGUUGUCACAUUAACAGAUAUUUUAGGCUUGUUUGCUACUUCCAAGGGUAGAAGAACUGACCCUCAGGCUGCUAGAAAUCAAAGAAGAAGAAGCUCAACAUCUACUACCAGAUCAUCUAUCGAUAGUGCUUUAAGUGCUGAAGGUAUACUUCCAUCCGGAAGCGCUAUUAUUGGUAGCAGUAACGCAGCCAACACCGGCCGCAGAGGUAGUGUUGAAGUUUCUAGUGAUGUUUUCCGGAAAUCAUACACCAAGGCACAAGAAAAUGCAUUUUCAAAGGAAUAG